UUGCAAAGCGGGCAACUUGCAUACUUACAAUUUUUUUUCAGAACAUUCUGGCAUAGCAUUGUCAGUCCCAAAGCUCGACUUACCAAUCCAGCUCUCAAAGUGACCACUGAAAUUCGAAAUGACCGACGGCCACCAUUCUUUAUCGCCACCCUUGAUACCGGAAAGAAACUUCAUUUCAACACUGAUAAUAUGCCUGCUAUGGAUCUGAUAAUGCGAUUCAACAAGCUGCUUGGAAAUCCUGAAUUAGGAAAGUCCGGAACUCGACCAAGACCAAAGUUAUAG